CGCCUUAUUACGAUUGUGUUUGUGGUUGAGCUGACGUAUUCGAUUUGAAUUUUUUCCAUUAAAUUUUUUAAAAAAAAUUUUCAAUUAAGCAACCAACAAAAAAAAUAAUGUCUACAAAACUAAAAUCGAUUGAGAGUUCUCAAAUUCUUUUCAUUCUUUUUAUAUCCAUCAUGUUUAUAGCUGUCUAUUGUAAUGAUAAUAAUUCGAAUAAAAAAAUAACCAAAUUACAGAUCGGUAUCAAAAAACGUGUUGAUGAUUGUCAACGUCGUGCAUCAAAAGGUGAUAUAUUACACAUUCAUUAUCGGGGAACAUUACAUUCAACUGGUGCAGAAUUUGAUAGUUCAUAUAAACGUGGAACACCAUUGAAAUUUACAUUAGGUGUAGGUCAAGUAAUUGCCGGUUGGGAUCAAGGAAUGUUAGGUAUUUGUGUGGGUGAAAAACGAAAAUUAGUAAUACCAUCAGAUCUUGCAUAUGGAUCUACUGGUUCACCACCAACAAUACCUCCUGAUUCAUCAUUAGUAUUCGAAGUUGAAUGUGUUCAAAUAGAAAAUCGUAAAUCUGAUUUAUAAUCAUAUAUCAAUUUCAUUUUAUAGCCAUAAUCAUCACCAUAAUCAUAUUGUAUAUGUGAUAUUCAAUUGGAGAAAAAUAAACAACAUUAAAAAAAAGCAUCUGUAAA